GAGCGGUCAUCAGCUUUGGUAUUGGCAGGUUCUGAAAUCUUCUUGAAGCAACUCAGAUUAAAGAAGAUCAAAGCAACAGAGUCUUUGCCAACUGGAGAAUGGACCGAUUGGGUUCCUUUAGCAGUGCCAUAUCUACUUAAAUGCUUGAAAUAGUAGGUACUGUAGGAAUGAACAAAGCUGCCCUGAAAUAACAAGGAGCAUCAUUUUUGUGUUUUCCUAUUUGGAAUGAGCUCAUCUUAUCUCCAUGAACUUUUCAGCACAAUGUAUUACCUUGUAUGAUCCCUCUGAUAAGCCACCUUGCCGAGGCUGCUCCUCUUACCUCAUGGAGCCUUAUAUCAAGUGUGCAGAAUGUGGUCCACCUCCUUUUUUCCUCUGCUUACAGUGUUUCACACGAGGAUUUGAGUACAAGAAACAUCAAAGUGAUCAUACUUAUGAAAUAAUGACCUCAGAUUUUCCUGUUCUUGAUCCCAGCUGGACUGCUCAAGAAGAAAUGGCUCUUUUAGAAGCUGUGAUGGACUGUGGCUUUGGAAAUUGGCAGGAUGUAGCCAAUCAGAUGUGCACCAAGACCAAGGAGGAGUGUGAGAAGCACUAUAUGAAGCAUUUCAUCAAUAACCCUCUGUUUGCUUCUACCCUGCUGAACCUGAAGCAAGCAGAGGAGGCAAAAACUGCUGACACAGCCAUUCCAUUUCACUCUGCAGAUGACCCUCCCCGACCUACCUUUGACUCCUUGCUUUCUCGGGACAUGGCAGGAUACAUGCCAGCUCGAGCAGAUUUCAUUGAGGAGUUUGACAAUUAUGCGGAGUGGGACUUGAGAGAUAUUGAUUUUGUCGAAGAUGACUCGGACAUUUUACACGCUCUGAAGAUGGCUGUAGUGGAUAUCUAUCAUUCCAGGUUAAAGGAGCGACAAAGACGAAAAAAAAUUAUAAGAGACCAUGGAUUAAUCAACCUUAGGAAGUUUCAAUUAAUGGAACGACGAUAUCCCAAGGAAGUCCAAGAUCUUUAUGAAACAAUGAGGCGAUUUGCAAGGAUAGUGGGGCCGGUGGAGCAUGACAAGUUCAUCGAAAGCCAUGCAUUGGAAUUUGAACUCCGAAGGGAAAUCAAAAGGCUCCAGGAAUACAGGACGGCAGGCAUUACCAAUUUUUGUAGUGCCAGGACCUACGAUCACCUCAAGAAGACUCGCGAAGAGGAGCGCCUCAAGCGCACCAUGCUCUCGGAGGUCCUCCAGUACAUCCAGGACAGCAGCGCCUGCCAGCAGUGGCUCCGCCGGCAGGCUGACAUUGAUUCUGGCCUGAGUCCUUCUGUUCCCAUGACUUCGAAUUCAGGUAGACGAAGUGCACCACCCUUGAACCUCACGGGCCUCCCUGGCACAGAGAAGUUGAAUGAGAAAGAAAAGGAGCUCUGUCAGAUGGUGAGGUUGGUCCCGGGAGCCUAUUUAGAAUACAAGUCUGCUCUAUUGAAUGAAUGUAACAAGCAAGGAGGCUUGAGACUGGCACAGGCAAGAGCACUCAUCAAGAUAGACGUGAACAAAACCCGGAAAAUCUAUGAUUUCCUCAUCCGAGAAGGAUACAUCACCAAAGCCUGAGGCUCCCCAGGAGUGUGGUGGGCCAAAAGACCACACGGGCAUUCUGGAGCCUUGUUUUUGAACUGAAUUCUCAUUGUGAAAACAGGGGAAGAACAAAGGAAAUCUUCAGUUUUAUUAGUGUCUGCUUUCUUCUCCACCCUGCUUUAAAAUACUCCUGUUGUUGGUAUUGUGCUGCAGAGUUAUGUGCUAGAUAAGCUAUUGUUAAUUGUGUGUGGGCAUUCAUUCCUAACACCUCUUGUAACUAAAACAAGAACCAUAGUACCUCACAUCACAGUGUUAGUAGAAAUAGAACUAAACCAGUAUGUAAUCCCAGGAGUCCAGCUCAGAUCCUUGUACCUGCUUGGGAGGUUGGUUUUCUGAUUAUGUUUUACCUUCAAACGUUACAGAUAGAUUUGAAAUAAAGAGGUUAUAGUGAGAGAAAGCUUUCUUUUUCUGUCUGAGGGUUUCUUUUUAAGCUGACAACUCAUGUUUAUGAGUAGAAAGGAGAAAAACCUCCCCAUGAUGGUCUUGUCCCAAACUGUACUUUGUUGAAUGUCUGGCUCUGUAAUCUGCAGUCCGACUGUCUAAUCUGCAGAAGACUUUUGAGGAGGUAGCAAUGGAUAUAAAAUGUCUCUGUUAUUUUUAGAAUUGAUUAAAAUGUUUUGCUACUUAA